GGACCGCGGAGCCCAGGAUCACGGUCGGCUCUGGUGCCCGCCUUGGCUCGGGACCACUGUCCUUUCCCGGCAAGGCACGAGGAAGGUACCGGAGAAUUCGGGGAGGGCGUGGGAGCCAACCCGCGGCGUUCUGCACCUCGCCUUCCGAGGCUGGAAGAGGGACCCCCCCCCCCGCCCCACGCCCGCGCCCUCUCGGGCCUCAGUUUACCCCUGGAAAUCCAUGCGGGCUGUGGCGUUUCUGCCUCUUGGCUUAGCCCGAGAUUUAGAUGUGCCUGGAGCCCCUCUCUCUGCCUGUCCUCGGUCGUCAUCCCCGCCCCCGGGGCCGGAUGUAAGCUCGGGAAACCGAGGCCCAGCGGGACCUCGGGGUCUAGCCCUUGGGGAACCUCCGCCCUCGCUCCGGUCCCCGCCCACCCCGAGAGUCCACCUCUCUUCUUCCCCCGCCUCCUGCCAUCUUUUCUGGUCUCCUGUCAUGUCCAUGCGCCUCUGCCCCCUCCCCCUCCAGCCUGAACUCAUUUCACAACCUACAUAUGCGCGCGCCCUACCCCCGAGGAGAUGGGAACCGCGGCCAGACCCUGAUCCUGAGCGUUGAGGACACCUGACUUUCGCCAACACCCACCCUAUAUUUGGGCCUCAGUUUCCCCCCCUAUCUCGUGGGGUCAGAACCCGAAAGAGUUGGGGACACUGGAGCCUGUGUACAGGUUUCCCUUUCCUCUGGGGAAGGACCGAGAGGGAGCCCAGACUAUUCAACGCUGCCGGUCAUCAGGCUCCAGUUUGAGAUUCCAGACUGCGCCCCUGUCUUUCCCGCUGCGGGGAGGGUCAGGGCCCUCCUCACAUCAGAAUGCAGCCCACUGCUAUCAUGGCCACAGCUGCCACCACUGCCACUGCAGCCACCCCGACCAUGACGUGGGACAACAACACCACAGUCCACCCCACUGCAGAGCCCGAACCCAUCCUGGACAGCUACAUGCUGCUAGUGGUGGUGAUGUCGCUCUUCGUGGGGGGGACCCUUGUGGUCCUGUCUGGUGUGUUGCUCCUGUGCAGGCGCUGCUGGGAAGUCCACCAGAACUUCAACAGAGCCACAGAGGAGUUAGAGAAGACCACCACCACCUACCUGGACAAUGGUACCCAUCCGGUCCAAGACCCCGAAUUGAGGGGGGAGGACCUCGAGGGCCAGGAUGCAGAGACCGAGCGCUUCCUGUCCACCAGCUCCACUGGCCGCCGCGUGUCCUUCAAUGAGGCAGCCCUGUUUGAGCAGAGCCGGAAGGCACAGGACAAGGGCCGAAGGUAUACCCUGACAGAAGGGGACUUCCAUCACCUGAAGAAUGCCCGUCUCACCCACCUGCACCUGCCACCCCUCAAGAUUGUCACCAUCCAUGAGUGUGACUCCAGUGAGGCCAGUGCAGCUGCCAUGCCCCACCCCACUGCCCCUCCCAAGGCCAGCCUUGCCAUAUUCCAGCCCCCGGGGAAGGCCCUCACUGGCCGCUCUGUGGGCCCCAGCUCCGCCCUGCCAGGUGACCCCUACAACUCUGCCAUGGGCCCUGCUGACUUCGAGAUCAGCCCCUCUGCAUCCAGUGACUCCGGGGAAGGCGCCUCGCUGGAUAUGGGUGCUAGCAGCACCAAACCUAAUGGGCCUGGGGCUUCUGUAGGGCCCCAGGAGGUGGGCCCUGGCUCUGGGGCAGGCCCUGUCCUGCAGUUCUUCACUCGCCUGAGGCGCCAUGCCAGCUUGGAUGGGGCCAGCCCCUACUUUAAGGUCAAGAAAUGGAAGCUGGAGCCUAGCCAGCGGGCAUCAAGUCUGGACACAAGAGGCUCCCCCAAGAGGCACCACUUCCAGCGGCAGCGGGCAGCCAGCGAGAGCAUGGAGCAGGAGGAGGGGGACACACCCCACAUGGACUUCAUUCAGUACAUUGCCAGCACAGGCGCUGCCAUGGCCUUCCCGCCCCCCUGCCCCUUUCUGGCCAGCCCCACCAGCCCGUCCCCCGCUCUCGGCAGGCUAGAGGUGGAGGAGGAGGCAGGCGCCAUGGGAGGAGUGAGCCCUGAGCCCCCCACGGAGCGCAACGUAGGUGGUUCGGGGCAUGAGCAGCAGCUGGAGUCAGACAGUGAGAGAGAUGCAGGGCCGGAGCAGGCCCAAACCACCUACCGUGACAUCUGGAGCCUGCGCGCCUCGCUUGAGUUGCAUGCAGCCACUGCCUCAGACCACAGCAGCAACGACCGUGACUCAGUGCGAAGCGGUGACAGCUCUGGCUCCGGGGGCACAGCACCCGCCUUCCCACCGCCCUCGCCACCGCCUGUGCUGCGGUCUUCGGAGGGUGAGGUGGGAGGGCCACGCAAGCUGCUGCAGAUGGACAGUGGUUAUGCCAGCAUCGAGGGGCGCAGCGCUGGCGAUGAUGGGCCUCCCAGUGCACCCCAGAAGCGUUCCUCCUCCAUCAGUGCAAGCCAUGCGGCUACCAUGGGGGGCAGCUUCGAUGGGGCCCAGGUCGAGGAGUCCACCUGGCCUCCCAGCCCACGUGCCUGGCCCCGUCGCACACCGCGCCGGGACUACAGUGUGGACGAGAAGACUGAUGCGCUUUUCCAUGAAUUUCUACGCCAUGAUCCGCACUUUGAUGAUGCCCCGCCCACUGCUGCGCGCCAUCGAGCACGCGCACACCCGCACACCCAUGCACGCAAACAAUGGCAGCAGCGUGGCCGGCAACACAGUGACCCUGGCGAGCGAGCCAUGCAUUCUGCACCACCUGGGCCCGACCCCCGCCCCACACGGGCACCUCUGCGCCGUGGUGACAGUGUCGACUGCCCGCCAGACAGCCGCACAGGUGAAGAACCGAUGGCUGUCCCAGCGUCCACCAUCCCUGCCAUCGAGGAGGAACCUGGCAGUGGGUGCCCUGGAUCAGGCCUGUGUGCCCGGCCCUCAGGGGCAUUGCUGGACAAGCUGGCAGCCGGCCUCGAGGAUAGACUCUUCCUGCCACACCUUGCCCAGACAGUCAGUGCAGCCCCCACACUGGCUGCUGUCACUGCAGCACCCACAUCGCCAGACCACAGUCCUGCCUAAGCCCCAAGCCCCAUUUUCCAGCUCCUAUCACAUGUACAAGGGCUCCGCAGAUGGACAUACCAAGGACAUGAGGUCCAGGUGCACAUGCACUGAGAUCUCAUGCACACAUGUACUGCCCUGGAUGCCCACGCUGCCCCAGUGUGCAUGUGCCCAGUCCCCAUCGGUCACUAAGCUGGAUUCCUGUGUUACUUCCAGGCACAAGGACUCUGGCCCUUGUGGCCCAUCUGGAGGGAAUGAGGCGUAUUCUCAUCUUUGCACUUUGGAGGAACAUACUCAACUGUUCUUACCCCAGACAGUGUGGCCUCUAGAUAGUGCUAGGCUGUCAUUUGCAGGAGGCACAAGCGCAACACACCCUUCCCUGGGCCAACUGAGCCUCGAGGCAUGUCUGGGCUGCAGGAGCUGAGUCCACACCAGGGUGCAUGCUCUAGGCCCACUGGAACAUGGACUGCAGUGUACUGAGGAUCAGUGGAGUGCACCGGCAUUGCUGUCAAUUACUGGAAGCCGUUCUCACCACUGCGUGUGUUUGCUGCAGCCCAAGCCUCCUCCAAGCAAUAACCACACUACUGCUGCCCCCAGGCCUGGACAAGAACUCCUUGCAGUCCCCUCUGGGUAUCUGCAACUGCCCUCCGCAUGUGAGUGGGCUGCCUGCCUCACAGCCACACAUCCAAAGAGCCCCAAGACUCAUCAGUGUUUGAGACUUCCACAAAAUCCAAGUGGCCAAGGUUUCAAGUUUCCCAAGCUUUAUUUAUUGCCAAAAAAUGGGGCAGCUAAGCCGCCCUGCCCCGCCAAGCUUCCUGCAGUCUGUGUACCAUUUAGUGAUGGAAUUUCUUGUUUUCUGGUUGACUAUAAAUAUUUACUGCAUACUCUUGUUCGCUCUGAGUUUUCUCUGGGGACCUAGGAGCAGAGGCCUUGGGGAAAAGGGCCAGGAUUCUGCCGUCACACUUGGCCCCUGUGCUGUGGAGCUGUAGACCUUAGGGCUGAGCCCAAGAGCCUAUUCAGCUUUGGAGAGGCAAGGUUGCCAGUACAAGAGCACAGAGACCCAGUGUGGCAGAAGACCCCCAUGGAGGCCCAGGACCUCCAUGCACUGAGAGCGAGACCUGAAUACCUCGGCCAGCCCCUGCACUGUGGGACCCACGGAGGGGCCCCAGGCACAGACUCAGAUGACACCUGACAGCACAUCUUGCCACCCGACAAUUUCCAAACACCCCUCACAACCACAGCUCAAACUGACCAGUUUUAUUUUUUCUUAAAAAAAAAAAAAAAAAGGAAAAGGA